CAAACUUCAAAAUCAGUCGUCGCCAACAGUUCUCAAGAGGAAGAACGUGAUAUGAAUUUAAGGGAAAGCGAUUUUUCGGAUUCUGAGAAUAGUGAGAAAAACGAGAGUAUGAGUUCCGAAAGUUCUGAAAAUAGUUCCGCUUCCGAAGUUGAAUCCAUGUCCGUUUCUUCCGAUGAUGACUCGGUGAUCCAUACACGUUCAAGAAGGGAAGUCAAAACGAUUGAUUAUUCCGAUGAACAUUAUUACGAAAGUCGCGGCGUGUCCGAAAGCUCCAAAAGAAAGAAUAUGAAUCCUUCGGAUGGCGAAGGUAAAAGAAAGAGGAAUAAAAAGCUCAAAACUACUGAUUUUGCCAUUUCUCGAUCGGCGACCGAGGAUUCUCAAUCAGAUCACGUAAAAACGCGUUCAAAAAGUGGUUCGAGUAAAAGGCGAGUUUACGUUGAUGAAAGCGAGGAGGAAACUGAAGAUGAAUCCGAGGAUGAUGACUAUGCAUCUGGGCGAAGAAGUCAACGUCUGAGAAUGGCGGCAAAUAAUCAGGGACGUUUUAAUAGUACCAAAGAUUCCUAUUCGAAAAUACGACAAAAAAUUCAUUUCAGCUCACAUGUCAUGAGCCGUGUUGAUACCAUCAAAUGCAAGGCAUGCCAAUCCAGUAUUGGGUCUUGUAUCGUCUGCAAAUUGGGUAUUACACCACCGAAUUAUAAUCAAGAAAUAUCCAAAUCUCAAGAUGUUAAUUUACAAAAAUCGGAAUCAUCUCCAAAUGCAAUGGAAAUUUUACCUACGGAGAGUAAUGAAUCUCAGAUAAAUUCAAAGGGAAACGAUAGCGGUGAAUCCAAUACAAAUUUAGGGAAUGAUGAUAACCAUAUUGAAGCUCAGGAAAGCUUAAAAAAUGGUGGCGACAAUAUCGAAUCUCGGGAGAACUCGAAGAAUGGCGAUGAUAAUAUUGAAUCUUUGGAGAGCAGCUCAAAGAAUGGCGGUGGUAAUUUCGAAUCUCAGGAGAGCAGCUCAAAGAAUGGCGGUGGUAAUUUCGAAUCUCAAGAGCGCUCAAUAAAUAAAGAUAAUAAGGAAUUCCGGGGGGAUGCGAAAAAUAGAGAUGUAAAUGGUAUCCAGGAAAAUAUUAAGAAUAGAGAUAACGGUGAAUCCCAGGAAAGUUCGAAGAAUGGUGAUAAGGUUGGAAACGUUACUCCAUUUAGGUCAAAGCUAAUCGCAAACCCAAUCGUUAAUAUCGACAAAUUAUUGUUUCGAUGUACACGUUGCCAUCUUGCUGCGCAUCGACAAUGCAUACCUCCAUUAUAUGAUGAACAAGAUUUAAAUGAAAAGAUGGUGUAUUACCGGAGUAAAUGGACGUGCCAUUUCUGUCAUAAGUGGGAAUAUAAUAUAGAUAAAAUCUUAACCUUUAGGCGUAUACCGACGGAAGAUGAUGGCGAUAACACUUUGUCAAUGGAAAUAGACGAUAAUCCAAUCCCCUUCGAGGAAUCUGACGAAUUUUUUGAGACCGAGUAUCUAGUCAAAUUUGAAGACACAUCCUAUCGUAACGUAGAGUGGGUGCCUGGUCCUUGGCUGAUGGGUGUUGCCCCUGGAAAAUUUAGAAACUUCAUCAAAUCAGAUCCGGAACAAUUGCCCGUGGAAGUUGUGAUUCAUAGUGAUUGGACCAAGGUGGAUCGUGUCCUGGACGUUGAAUAUGAGGAUGGUAAAACCCUCCGAGAUCUCUUGAACAACAUGAAUUCUAAAAAGAAAACCAAAAAAUCCAGCGGAAAGACAAAGAUCAAAACGAACUGGGAAGACAUUUCCGAUCUCGAGAAUACCAAGUUCAAGAAUGCCCUUCAAAUUCGCAUCAACGCUUACAAUAUCGAGCCAGUGGACGAUGACGAUAGGGACACUGUAUUUGUAGAAAUAAAAAAACAACCUAAAUGCCUUGAAAACCCUAAGCGCACAAGGGAACCUUUUAGCAAGGAAAACCCCAAUCCCAAAUAUGAUAAUAUAUUGAAGGAGUACCAGUUAGACGGCUUUAAGUAA